CUCUCUCUCUUCUCCCGUGUCUGCGAAGGCUGGUCUUCUGAGGGAUGGACGCGUGCACACCGUCUCAGCGCUGCCAGGGGCGGCGGUAGUCGCGGAACCGGGCCUGUGACAGUGGAGAGUAGGCAAAGAGGAGCGAUUGUUUCAUCACCUAGGCGCCUAAAGUUGCCUCCUUUGAUGCUCUGUGCUCAGUUUCUGUUCUGCUUCACUGGAGUUUUUGGUGGACUGGCGGCUGCGGGUUUCGGAGGUUGGCUAUGUCGUCGGUGCAGAGGGAGAGGAAGACCGCGCUUGUAUUAGGCAUUAGUCGAGAAAGAAUCACCUUUUGUUGAUUCUGAUCUCGAACAAGCUUCGGUUCGUCGUCCAAGUAUCGCUUGCUUUUGUGGUUAUUGUUGUCGUGUGUGAGAAAAAAAAAUCAAUGUUUGGGUGGUUUAGCUCAUCAUCUUGCCGUUGGUGGAGAAAGACGCCGAAUCGGCGCUCACUCUGUACAUCCUCGGGAGAGUGUGCUGCGUUCGUUUUGAUUCGGCCUUCGGUUUCACUUUCGGUGAUGAGCUGAAGCGCGCAAAGACGAAAUUUUGGCGUCGUCCUCUUUGUCUUGGCGCAAAGACGAAAUGGGGGAGUUCACUUUCGUUUUGAUUGCCUGAUUUCUCAUUCAUCUUUAAUCGAUAAGCUUCAUCUCUCUGAGACGGGAAUAUAAACUUGCGUUCUUGUGCUGCUUGUGAUGAUGGGGGUGCUAUUAGUUGAAGACAUGGUGUAUCCUGGUGGCUCAAAUUAUGUGCAGGGUGAGAGGAAUGUUGGUUAUGGUGGCUUCCAUCAGGUUUCAGCGGGCGAACACAUAACGGGAGAGGGAGAUCCGGUUGACCUGCCACCAGAACAAUUUGCCGAGGCUGGUGAUGAAGAUACUAAUGAUGAUAUUGAUAUAGAAGAACUUGAAUUGCGCAUGUGGAGAGACCAGCUGCGGCUGAAACGCUUGAAGGAGAAGCAACAGAGCAAGAACAAGGUGCAGACUGAUGCAGCAAGACAGCAGUCACAGAAACAGGCCUGCCGGAAGAAGAUGUCUCGGGCACAGGAUGGGAUUCUCAAGUACAUGCUGAAGAUGAUGGAGGUGUGCAAGGCUCAGGGCUUCGUCUAUGGUAUAAUUCCGGAGAAGGGCAAGCCCGUCAGUGGUGCUUCCGAUAACCUCAGAGGUUGGUGGAAAGACAAGGUCAGGUUUGAUCAGAAUGGGCCUGCUGCUAUAGCCAAGUACCAGGUUGAUAAUGCCAUACCUGGAUCUAACAGUGAUGUCAACGCGGAGACUCUGGGUCCUCAUUCAUUGAUGGAGCUUCAGGACACAACGUUGGGUUCUCUCUUGUCUGCUCUUAUGCAGCACUGUGAUCCACCACAGCGGCGGUUUCCCCUUGAGAAAGGAAUCCCGCCCCCAUGGUGGCCUACUGGGAGAGAGGAGUGGUGGCGCAAACUGGACAUCCCUAAGGAACAUGGCCUACCGCCGUACAAGAAGCCACAUGAUCUGAAGAAGUCUUGGAAGGUUGCGGUCUUGAUGGUGGUAAUCAAGCACAUGUCUUCUGACAUUGAGAGGAUCCGUAGGCUUGUUCGGCAGUCCAGGUGCCUCCAAGACAAGAUGACUGCCAAGGAGAGCACAACAUGGCUUGCUGUCAUCAAGCAGGAGGAGGUCAUGUACAUGAAGCUGCACACAGAUGCAUGCGCACCCCAAUCCGCUGGCCGUGGUGUCUCAGGAGCCAUCUCCUUCGACAACAACAGCAGCGAGUAUGAUCACACAGGCAUUUACAAAGUUAAAGGUGAGGGUGUGGCAAACUACAAGCUGGCUCUUGCUGCUAAUGCCUUCAAUUUAAGAGCUUGUACAGGGGAUGUGAUGCCUAUUAGAUCUGCUCCGAUGAAGGGAGAGAAAGAUGUAGGGUUCAUUCAGAAAAGAACUUCCAGGGAGUCUGAACUGAUGAUGAACCAGCGGAUCUAUACCUGCGAUAAUGCGCUAUGCCCACACAACAAUUUCCGCAAUGGAUUUCUUGACAGGAAUGCCAGGAACAGUCACCGUUAUGUCUGUAAGUAUCAGAACACUCUUCUUCCUACAGGUAUUGGGAUGAUGAGCAAUGGCUUGCAAGUGCCUGGCAACAAGCCUUCAGUUAAUCCAGUCAAUAUAUCUGAACUCGGUAUUCCUUCUGAUGGGCAAAAAUUGAUCAACGAGUUAACGAACUUCUAUGAUAUCAGUAUCAAUGCUAGUAAGAACUCCAGCUCAGGAGAUGUGACCAUGUUGGAAGGAUCAAAGUCUCUUCAGAUGGAAGACAGCUUCUUUGAUCGCAGUCUAUUCGAAGAGGUCAGUGGUGUGGUAGAGCGAUCGCUGCCAAUCGAACAAGAACCAAGUGGCCAGCCCAUUGAAGCUAGUGGGGGUAUCAGGAUUAGGUCUGGCUUCAACAUGCUUGGAAUGGAUUACUCUGAUGCCUUGCAUGGGGGAACAAAGCAAGAUGGAUUUAGCUGGUUCUGCUGAAAUGAAAUGGUGGAGACACCAUGUUUGAUCAUUUCUUUAAAAUGGUGGAGUCGCGUCAACAGCAGCAGAUUAGAUUUCCGAGAAUAAAAAGAACCUUGAAUUUGGCUUAGGGUGGUCUUCCCUUAUCUCGAUAUGUAAAUUUUUUUCCUUGUUAUAUAUAUUGGAUAGAUAUUUAUAUGUGGAGUGCGCUCCUCAAGACUUGGUUGCAAGUAUAGAAUGUGGAGUUUGUGUUAGUUUUGAGAACUCAUGAAUGGAUACUUUGAUGUUUAGACUGUCAUGUUGCUUUUAAACUUG